GGCACAAACGUGGCCGGUCCAAAUUUACCCAAGACUUUUUUUCCUUGUCUCACUGAUGUUGGUUGACAGUCAAUGUUCAACCACCCAUUGUUCGACUCUUCAUUCCACCUUCUCUUCUAAUCUUACAUAUACUCUCUAAACACCGAAUAGCCUCUGGAAGCUAUUCCCAUUCAUUUGCUACCUGACUUAUAUCAAAAAGAGAGCCGGUCUCACUCACCUCAUCCCCCCCUUCCUCUUAAUAUACCAUCCACCAAAAAAACCAUCAACGACUUCAACCAACUAAACCCGCGAUGCAUUCCCUCUUCGAUCUCAUCCUCCUCCUCCUCCUCGCAACCUCAACAGCAGCUCUCCCGGCAACGCCAGCAACACCUACAAACCCCCCACCAACAUCAACAUCCUCACCAGACACACAACGACCUCCAAUCCAGCCCUUCCUCCCCACCACCGGCGCAGCCCUCCUUCCAACAGGCAUACCCGCCUCCCCACGCCCAAACCCAAACAACUCACCAGCUCCAUCCCCAAUCUACUCAACCCUCACCCCCAAAUUCCCACCCUCAAACUCCUCCUCCUCUCCCUCAGGGCACCACAACUCCACAUCACCCUGCGCAUCAGGCCGACCCCUCCGCCUAGGCCCAGCCCGCCUCCACAAGAACCCUCACAACCGAACUUCCUCCUCCUCCUCCUCCUCCUCACCCUCCCCUCCACCGCCGCCAUCAACCACAACCCCCACCGAAGCAGCCGUCGCCGCCGCCGCCAUCGCCGCAGCAGCAGUAGAAACCCCAACAGACGGCGGCCCAAGAAACUACGCCUCCCUCAUCCCCCCGGCCCCCGGCGUAACCCCCCGUCCGGAGCCGAACCUCGCCGAGAUGGGAUACUACCAGACGACCUACUACUCCUGCGCGACGCGAGGCACCUCGACACACUGCGGCUGGCAUAGACCCAUCAUGGUCGCGCCCGCCAACAACGCUGGCACCGGCACUUCCGUGAACCGCAAGGCCGGCAUCGGGGCGUUGGCAGUUGCCGUCGUCGGUGUCCUCGUGGCCGGAUGAGAUGAUCCGACUAUGGGAACGGUAGAAUGACCUACCUCACGAAUCAAUCGUUUCCACCCGGCGAGACCUCACCGUUUACGCUGAAGCCGGCUGUCGGUCAGGGUCUCGGGACCGGUGGCGUCCUGCCCCCC